GACAAAAUCUGCUUCCUUUUUGCUCUCGAUUUAGAUCGUCCCUUCCUUCUCUCGCGCCUCCUCCUGCAAUAAUCAAUAAGACAGCCAGACUUCCUCUUCCUCUUCCCCUGAUUUUUGCUGCCAUGGUGGGCGAGGAGCGACAGCGCAAGUCGUCGAAGAAGAACAAGACAGAGAAGAUCCCGCAGCGCGGCCUCGGCGUCGCGCAGUUGGAGAAGAUCCGGUGCAUGGAGGAGCAGCAGAGGAUCGCCGGCGCGUCCUCCUCCGACUUCUCCACGCAAGGGUUGGGAUUCCCGCCACCGCCUCUGACCACCGCCGCCGUCAUGAAACCCCGAGCCGCCUCCACUUUUUUCACGGACUACCACCACCACCACCACCACCACCAACGGCAACAACCACCGCCGCCGCCGGGGUUUAUUCCGAUGGUCUGGAACGCAGCCGUCGAUGCAAAAGAAGCCUCGCUGGUGAGGAAGAUCGGAGUCCCUCUUCAUCGUAUGAAGCAACCGCCGCCGCCGCCGCCGCCGAUCGCAUCUUUGCAGGCGAAUUCUCCCACAUGUCACCGGAUGGAGCCCCCUUCAAACCAAAACAACUCAAACAACUACGACUUGCUCUCUUGCUGGAGAUCAGAACAAAACAAGAAUUCAGUAGAGAUGAUGGUCUGCAACAAGCGGCCACCGCCGGCGGCGGCUUUUCAUCCUGAUGAGGUCGUCGUCGCCGGGAAUCAGGAAGCUUAUUGCCCUCGUAAGCACCCUUUCCUCUCCAAUGAAUGCUCUCGCGCUACCGGAAGUAACUUGGUUAGACUUCAAUUCCAAGCUUCUAGAGGAAACACAUCGACUCCAAUUGUGAACUCGACGAGUUCAGAUCUCUACAUUGAUAAAGGGAUCAAGGAAAAUUGUGGUGUUCAUGAUGGCAAUUUCCUUAGCCUGGCUUCAGUUUCAGCACCAAGUCUGACACAGUAUGAUCAUUGUGAUUUCAGUUUGAAGAAUGCUCAGAAAAACACAGUCAACGUCUCUUCAUCUAAUGAGUUGCCAUUCUAUGAUUUCUUGCUCAUUGCUCCAAUCAGAGAUGAGGAAACAACAAUGCUCGAGAUAAAGGAAUCACCUACUGGCGAUAUUGAUCUCAACCUGAGACUUUAGGAGACCUCCAGACUUUUGGCUCAAGUGAUUGUUGGUUACUGCUUAAGGGUAAUGAAUGUGUUCGUGUUUGACCUUCCAUUGCUGUUCAUUUCAUAUUUCCUACUACUUUUUGUUCUAGCGUUUGUAUAGAAACAGAAUUUUCAGUUUAGAAAUUUUCGUUCUAGAGUAUUCUUGUAUUAAUAUUAAUUAAUCAUACCACAAUGUUAUUAUUCCAUUGAACUUAUUCAGUGUUUAU